AUGGGUUGGGUCUACGAUAUGAGAAUAUUCAUGUGCGGCCGAUGUACUUUCAUUAGAUUCAUGCACUACCUGACGCAUUCCAAAGACUCCGAGCCUGUAAUAUUUCAUGCGCGAAUUUAACGGAACCGAGCGAAUAUACACACGGCCUGCGUCACCGUGGCCAUCCGGAAUUGAUAGCAGACGACAGGUUGUUAGAGGUUAUGUUGUGUCGAGGUCACCUAAAUCGGAUUAAUUUUACGCAAUAAGAGAGGAUGCAGCGUAAUUGUUUGGUCACUGGGGCCUCAGGACUGUGUUUCAGUCGUUGCUAGUUACACGAUGUGUACCGCGGACGCGUGGAGAAUAGCGAAAACUACGAAUUACGGGAUUUUACCUCGGAUUAUGGCGUUCAGGCGACAGCGGACGGACGGGUUACGCACGGCGCUACGAACGAACUCGUUCGCCGCCUUUACAGGUCAAAGUGAUUCGCGUGCAACUUACAGCUCGACGAUCCGGCAGUUAAUCAUGGAAUUGGAGAAUUGUAAUUCACACGGGGAUCACGUACCACCUCAGCACGAAAAUGAUCCUAGCGGAAAUAAAAAGUGGUAUCGACAAGCUAGUCAAAGAAAUCACGAAAUUCGCGUGAAUCAUCGGCAGUCUGCUUAUUAUUAUCUUCGACGAGUCACCCUAAAGCGCAAAGGUUUUACGGUAUUCUCAGUGAUCCUCAAGGCCGCGGCAACAGCCUACGCACACCACGCAGCUAGAUCAUGCCACGCGAAAAUAACUUUACGUAGGUAUUUCUACCAUGAUCGUGGAAACGAUUUGAGAAAUUAUUAAAUUCUCAGCCAUGCUAUCGAGACCCAGAUAACCGCAGACGACUGUAAAUGUUAA